AACCCAUUAGACUGCCAGAAAGGAGAUAGGUUUAUCCAAUUUGGUGGGUUGAAACUCCCAGACACUGAAACGCUCUUGGGUUAAUGAAAGCAUGGAUCUCAAUCAGUGUAGGGCUAAAUGCUUAGAGAAUUGUUCUUGUAUGACCUAUACAACCUUAGAUAUUAAAGAAGCCAGCAAGUGUGCAAUCUGGUAUUGUGAUCCACUUGAUCUUAAACAGGUCCAGUUUUCUGGACAAGAUUUAUACAUUCGAGUGUCUGCUGCUGAUUCUGUCAAUAUGUGGAACUAGUUCAUUGCUAGGACUCUAAUUCAUAUAUUUCUUUGUUUUAUGGAAUUAGACCAUGAAGAGACAAAAGGCAAGAAUAAAAUGAAGGCAGCACUAAUAAUUGCAAUUGCCAUUCUUGUAGUUAUUAGUGUUGUUGUAAUCACCUAUUACAUUAGCAGGAGCCGUCAAAACAUAAAAGGAAGAGAACAUGGCUGGAGCAAUGAAAAGCAAAAUAAAAUACAGAACUCCCCUUAUUUGAUUUAGCUGUAAUAUCCAAGGUUACCAAUGACUUCUCUUCCCACAAUAAGCUAGGAGAAGGUGGCUUUGGGCCUGUAUACAAGGUAAAUGUUCAGAGCUCUUGUAAAAGUUAGUAUUUGUUUAAGAUCAAAUGAACUUUACAAGUACAUUUUUCCAAGGUACUUUGUCAGAUGGAAAAGAAAUUGCUGUGAAGAGGUCCUCAAAAAGCUCUAGACAAGGAUUAGUUGAGUUCAAGAAUAACGUAGCACUUAUAGCCAAACUUCAACAUUGGAAUCUUGUAAAGCUUCUAGGAUGCUGCAUUCAAGGGGAGGAGAAAAUGCU